UUUCAAUUGCUGUUGUGGGAGGGGCUUUCCGACUGACUGCAGGGGUCAUUGUAAACAUGGCGUGGCGAGGAUGUAUGCAUUUGACCAAAACGGGGUUUAUCAGAUGUACGAAGGCAUCCCCUAGAGAUAGCAGACUCAACCCACAUAACCAGCAAAGAUGUGCAUUCCGUCGGGAAGCCAAAAGAACAGAUACAAACAAAGGGAAUGUUUCCCAAGAGACAGAGCUUGCCGCCUCCAAAGCAGGAGAGCCAGUCAAUGUUAAAUCUCCUCCUCCACCACCUCCAGCACAUUCUCCUAGGGCCCGACCAACGCUUUUUAAACCGUUUGUUUUCACAAUAGGGUUUACAGGCUGUUCCUUCGGUGUGGCGGCCAUAUUGCAGUACGAGUCCCUGAAGUCGAGAUUCUACACAGUCAGGGAAGAGGCAAAACCAAAUAAAGAAUUGAAGGGUUCUGAGGACAUGACCUACUGGCACAACUGGUGGAAUCAGCUGAACGGUGUCCAGAAGCAGCUGAUCCUUCUGCUGUCUUCGGCAGAUGACUUGUGGAGCAGCUUUUCCGAGGGACAGAGGACCGCUGCUGGUAUUAUAGCGGUCAAUGCCCUCGUGCUGUGCUGCUGGAGAAUCCCAUCUUUGCAAAGAACCAUGAUCAAAUACUUCACGGCCAACCCAGCCGCCAAGACGCGGUGCCUUCCCAUGGUUCUCUCCUCCUUCAGCCACUACUCCGUCUUCCACAUGGUGGCCAACAUGUACGUGCUGUGGACCUUCUCCACCAGCAUCGUCUCCCUCCUGGGCAGGGAGCAGUUCAUCGCCGUCUACCUCUCCGCUGGUGCGAUCUCCAACAUGGUUAGCUACUGCUGUAAGACAGCCACUGGUCGGCUGUAUCCCUCAUUAGGAGCGUCCGGUGCGGUGAUGACCGUGCUGGCAGCGGUGUGCGCCAAGGUGCCAGAGGCCAAACUCGGCAUAAUUCUCCUUCCCAUGGUCACGUUUACAGCAGGGAAUGCCUUGAAAGCCCUCAUCGCCAUAGACACAGCGGGACUGGUUAUGGGCUGGCGGUAUUUGGAUCAUGCAGCUCACCUGGGAGGGGCUCUUUUUGGAGUAUGGUACGUCGCAUACGGUCACAAAGUGAUCUGGAGGAACAGGGAGCCGUUUGUGAAGCUUUGGCAUAGCAUCCGUUCCCCUGGUAACGGUGGGAGGCGGCCAGGCAGCGGACCAGGGUCUCUGUGAGGCCCCUACACAGCCAUGCACCCUCGGGUGGGGUCACCCCACCCACACGUUCCCUAACGUCUGAGACGGCCAGUGAACUGAUCAUGUUGUGUUUACACAGCUGUAUUGGUUUCAUGACUGAGGUUGUUGCACUGGUAACAGGAGAGAUCAAGAGGCUGAGGGAGGGAUGAGAUAACUGGUGUUGGUCAACAAGGUUUGAUUGCUGUUAUUGGUGCAGAAUAAGACCAGGGACCAGCUCCAAGAAGGAGGUUAUGGACACUUAAAUCUGAACUCUGGGAUUCAGUCUGAAAAAUGUUUGUGUUCAUUGCAGGCUUUUAAAACCAUCAUCAAUCCCACUGUGGAAAACCAUGAAAGAGGUUGUUAUGGAAGGACAUGAGGAUUAUGAUGAUUGGCUACUAUAGCCUACAAAUGUUUUGCAGGAGUUUUACAAUACAAACCAAUCGGAAGCUGAUUAAAUAAUAAAAUUAGGAGAACUGGAUGCACUACUGGCUAGAUGUUUUCUUGCUGUAUACUAUUUAACAAGUUCAUGUCAAAUUAGCAUUGAAAGGGUAUUUAUCUCAUUUUAUUUGUGUGCUAUCAUAACAGAAUAAUGAGGGGUUGCAUUUUCUGUGACAUUUGUAACACUAAAUGUAUAUGUGAAGUCUUUAACAAAGUUUAGAACAAUGGGAUUAUCCACAAUGGGUGUAAUUUAGAGUGACUGCUGCAGAAACGGAACACUCAAGUGUUGUUACUGCUUAUGUUGUCAAAUCGGUUGACAACUGAACAAUUCUGGCUUUUAAUUAAUUCUGAAACAAACAAAAUCCCUUUCUCCCCACAUCUUGGUUUGCAUUUCACAACAACAUUGACAAUAAAGUCUGGAAUAGUUUCAGACUGACUUUUUAUCCUGUCCCUAGGCAAACAAUCCUUUCAAUCUUGAUCUGAGAGUUAGUUAUCAGUAUUGGUAUCAUUCAAUAAAAGUGUUACUUCCACAUGAA